AUGAUCGGAGCGACACUGUACGGAUUGUUGAGAACGUGUCGCCUGGGUAGCUCGGUGUUCAUUGGCGCUGCGGUUCCGUUCACUCCAUUUGCGACCCGAUCCCAGUGCGGACGUGUGUGUUCUCUCCGCUACGAGCAAGACUGGAGCGUCCACCGUCUGGGGAGAGAGAGACUUGAGCUCCAGGUGGCGUUGUACAAGUGCUACGGGAAGGAGGCCACACAGCACUCGCUGUCUCGUACGCUAGGCGCGCUGUAUCGACGUUGUCAGAAUACGGUCGGAGUUCUGUGGCUAGAGUGUGCGUUCGCGCGUGUCUGCGUGCGCGAGAUCAGAGUGCAGGAUCCUACUACCGACUCCUGCGCAGCAGGACGCUAA